CUGCUUUAGUUUUCUGAGUUUCACGUUGAUUCUACAGUCAAUCAAAGUCAUUUCGCGUUCAGAACAGAUUUCCUGGUCAACUCCAUAUACUUUGGUGGAUCCAUCUUGCUUAGUGUCCUCUCAAAAAUUUCUUCGACGUCAUCAUGUUACCUUUUUCACGUCCAAUUUAUCCUGUUCUUUUCCUUGUUGUUCUCCUUGCGGGAGCUAUAGCUUUCCCAUUGGUUCCAAGGACAGGACGAUCGAGACAACCGCGGAUACCUGUAGUCCGUUUCGGUUUCGUACGCUAUUACCAUAGCCCUGUGACCAAUCAAUGGACCAUAUUGCACACCCAAGAAGGACGAUAUGCUCCCUUUGAGCUGCAGCCAUGGAGUAUGCAACAUGUAGAAAACGAACGCUGGUACUUGAACGUCCAUGGCCAAGGGUUCACCACUGAAAAACAAGGUGAUCAAUGGGCGCGUACUUUACGCACCUUCGAGGUCACCGAUGGAAUUACGUUGUUCGAAGUAGGUGUGGAAGCGGCGAACUACGACACUGUAAUCCACCAAUUGAUGCUUAUGGUAGACACCAUCGAUGUUAAUCAACCGCCAGUGCUCUUUAUCAAAGACCUGACCGUUCUAUACGGGCAUCAUUUGAACUCUACUGAUAUGUUCGAUGCGUACUGGCCGUAUAUGGAGAGGAUGAUUGUUAAGAGGGGCACUGGGUCACUGAGUGUCCUACCUUACCAGGAUCCAGAGGUGCAGAUAUACGAGGAACUUUUACAAAAUCAAACUAGUAGGUUUCAUGUGAUACCUUGAUGCUAAAGUCCCCAUGGCAGCAAAUACCCCAAGUAGAUAUGGAUGAUUUUGUGUUGUGUACUUGAACGUGAACGUGACUUGAGGUUUCGGAUAAAGGAAAAUACACAAGGAAUACACAGAGGGAAUAUGGAAACACAUAACGCGCAUUCACAGUGACACU